AUGGCGGGCUACCGGAUCGGCCGGAAGCCAAUGGGGCCCUGGAUCAGUAAGACUCCUCCGAUCAGGGGAGGCAUCUUCCGCAAAUCGAGCCUCCACACCCAGCCGGAGAUUCCGGACAUGUCCAUCUCAGAUCCCGAGAGCAACUCAGACACGGACGAUUAUUCCGAUGAACCGAGCUUGUCCAACACGCCCAUAUCACUCUCUCAGUGCAGCAGCCCCAGCUUGUCCAGCAUCGACGGUCCAGGUGCUCGUAUUCCUGCUCUUAGCCUUGGUCUUGGCCAGAAGAGCCUUCGCAGACGAAUUGCUUCAUCAUCAGCAUCAUCUAUUGGCGCUGCGUCUCCACCAACUAAUUGUCCUGUCAAGUAUACAGAUUGGGCCGUCCAGCAGGGGGUUGAAAAAGGCCUGCGUGACUAUCCGUCUUUGGAUCCAAAGGUUCAACAGGGCGUCGUCAACAGAUACCGGGCUUUACACCAACAGAUACGCGAUGAAGGGCUCUAUAGCUGCCGAUAUGUGGAGUAUGGCAAGGAGAUGCUUCGAUACACGACUUUGUUUGCCUGCUUCCUUUUUGCCUUGCACCAUGGAUGGUAUAUGACCUCGGCCGUCUUUCUUGGGUUGUUCUGGCAUCAAAUCAUGUUCACGGCUCAUGAUGCUGGCCAUCUAGCCAUUACUCAGAUAUUUGUCAUCGACACGCUCAUCGGCAUGUUCAUCGCUGAUUUUUGCUGUGGUCUCUCCAUUGGCUGGUGGAAGAGCAGCCAUAACGUCCACCAUCUGAUAACAAAUCAACCAGAGCAUGAUCCUGAUAUUCAGAACGUCCCCCUCUUCGCCACAUGCCCUUCCUUCUUCAGAUCACUCCGUUCCACCUACUAUAAUAACUUCGUCUUUAUCUGGGACGCCGUGGCAGAUGCCCUCGUUCCGUACCAGAAGUACACAUACUACCCGAUCAUGGGCGUUGCUCGCUUCAACCUCUAUCUUCUGUCUUGGCUGCACCUCUUGUCGGGCAAAUCUUCGUCGUUGGGUUCUACCAAGGCAUGGUGGAUUCGUCCCACGGAAAUCACCUUUUGCGCUGCUUACUGGUUCCUCUUUGGCUACUGCUUGGUUUGGCGCUCAUUACCGACAUGGACAAUUCGUGUGGCCUUUGUGCUCGUGUCACAUAUUGUCACUAUGCCAUUGCACGUCCAGAUUACUCUCUCGCACUGGGGCAUGUCGACGUCCGACUUGGGUGAGACCGAAUCUUUUGCCCAGCGGCAAUUACGAACCACCAUGGAUGUGGAUUGUCCUGCUUGGCUUGACUUUAUCCACGGUGGACUCCAGUUCCAAGCCGUUCACCAUUUAUUUCCAAGGAUGCCACGACACAAUCUCCGCCGAGCGCAGACCCUAGUCAAGGAAUUUUGUGCAGAUACGGGCAUUCCUUAUUCCAUUGUGGGCUUUGUUGAUGGCAAUCGCACGGUCCUUGGCCGGCUAGACGAAGUGAGCGAGCAGCUCAAUAUGAUGUUGAGCUGCCAAAAGUACAUGGCUGAGACGGGAGAGAGCGGAUUGCACUGA